AUCUUGCAGGAAGGCGCGGAGAGCAGCGGGCGCCAGCGCCUAAUCGAGGCCUUCGUCUCGGCGGGCAGGGUGGACAACAUCACCAUGGUCAUGGGGCUGCACCCCCAGUAUCUCAGCAGCUUCUGGAAGACCCAGUACCUCCUGCUGCGCAUGGACGGGCCCCUGCCCUACCACAAGCGCCACUACAUUGCCAUCAUGGCAGCAGCCCGGCACCAGUGCUCCUACCUGGUGGGCUUGCACAUGGCGGAGUUCCUGCAGGUGGGGGGUAACCCGGCGUGGCUGCAGGGGCUGCACUGUGCCCCCCCAAAACUCCGAAACCUCAAUGAGAUCAACAAGCUGCUGGCGCACCGGCCCUGGCUCAUCACCAAGGAGCACAUCGAGGCUCUGCUGAAGACGGGGGAGAACAGCUGGUCGCUGGCGGAGCUGGUGCAGGCCCUGGUGCUCCUCACCCCCUCGCUCGCCUCCUUCGUCUUCGGCUGCGGCAUCAACCCCGAAGAGGAGCAAGACGGGGAGCACGGCUGCCGGCCCCCCUCGCCCCACAGCGACAGCAGCCCUGCCUCUGACGACAGCAUGGGGAGCUCCGGGGGCAAAGACGCCAUGCGGGAGGUGGAGGCGCUGAUGGAGAGGAUGAAGCUGCUGCAGGAGAGCCAGCUGGAGGAGGAGGGGGUCACCCAGGAGGAGAUGGCGACGCGCUUUGAGCUGGAGAAGACGGAGAGUUUGCUGGUCGCUCCCUCAGAUCUUGCGGAUCACUCCCUGCAGUCCAACGUCCUCUGCUUCGUGGAGGACCCCGAGUUCGGCUACAAGGACUUCACACGGAGGGGCGAGCAGGCGCCCCCCACUUUCCGGGCGCAGGAUUACACCUGGGAGGACCACGGCUACUCGCUGAUCAACCGCCUCUACCCCGACGUGGGGCAGCUCCUGGAUGAGAAGUUCCAGGUCGUCUACAACCUGACCUACAACACCAUCGCCAUGCACUGCGGCGUGGACACGUCCAUGCUGCGCAGGGCCAUCUGGAACUACGUCCACUGCGUCUUCGGCAUCCGCUAUGAUGACUACGACUACGGGGAGGUGAACCAGCUCCUGGAGCGCAGCUUGAAGAUCUACAUCAAGACGGUGGCUUGCUACCCGGAGAAGACGACCAAGCGGACGUACACCCAGUUCUGGAGACACUUCAAGCACUCAGAGAAG